CAUAACAUACAUACGUAGUACAGCACAUCAGUCAAUCCCAAACUAAGAAUGGAAGAGAGAAGGUGUUGCGGGUUAAGUCUGUUGUCUUUGGGCUUCAGUUGUAUUCUUCUUCUCAUCUCCUUCACAGGAUCUGUUCAGGCCUACAAGAACUACACAGUUGGCGACUCUCUGGGUUGGUACGACAAUUCUCAGAAACCCAAACUCAAUUACCAGAAAUGGGCAGAUGACGACAAGAUCUUCAGCUUGGGAGAUUUCCUCAUUUUCAACACCGACAACAACCAUUCAGUAGUACAAACAUACAAUUUCACCACAUACAAGCUGUGUGACGACGAUGAUGCCCUAUCAACCGACACCACCGAGUGGUCGGUCGCGGAUCCAUCGGCCACCGCAACAUAUCCGGUGACGGUGGCGGUUCCAUUAGUGAAGGAAGGUAUGUCGUAUUUCUUUUCCGGUGAUUACGAUGGAGAUCAAUGCAAGGAUGGUCAACAUUUCAAGAUCAACGUGACUCAUGGCCAAGGAUUGCCUGAGAGUCUUAAGAGUCCAUCGGAACAAGCCCCGGCUCCGAAUAGUCCGGAUGUAGACAAUGCGGAUUCGGCCCCAGAUACUGUUGUUAAUUCUGAUUUCAAUCAUCCUCAUGACGAAGACGAGGAUCAUGUCAAGAAGGAUUCUGGAUCUAUUUCAUUGUAUGUCAAUUUAUUAGGGAUGAAAUUGCUUGUGAGUGUGAUUUUGGUAGCGAUGAUUUGCAUAUUUUGAGGAUAGUUCUUGAGAUAUACUUUUGUAUUAUUAUAAUUUUUUUAAUUUUUAUCUACAUAGGUUGAGUGUGCUGGUUUGAUUGUUAGAUAAUUCAAUAUCUUAUUGUAUAAUGAAGCUUAUUAUAAAUAAUAAUCAUUUUUUGAC